AUGGAUGAAUUUGCUAUCUAUUUACCAUGCGAUGAUAAAUGGUAUGAUUGGUAUGAAAUAGAGCCAACCUUUCAUAUUGAUCGUGCUAUGGAAGAAAGAUCAUUCAUUUCAAGCUAUUUGUCAUCGUUCAUUCAUAAUGCACAUGAUAACAGAGCUGUCUCAGCUUAUGCUCUCUUCUUUCGUGAGAGACAGCCGUCUGCCAAAAAGCUCUUUCCAAAUGCCAAUUUUGGUGAUUUUUCAAAAAUGAUUGCAGCCGAAUGGCAGAGUAUGAGCUCAGCUCAACGAACGAAUUACAAGAAGAAAUCAGAGCGAUUACGGCGUCAACAGAUUCGCUUAGCUGCUUUAGCUAAAAUACAGAGAGUUGUUAAUUAUAAUUAG